CGGCAGCGCGGUGAUGACGCGCUUCCGGGCGAUGACGUCAGAGGCAGCAUGGCGGCGGCGGAGAAGGCGCAGCGCUACGAGGCGUUCGUCAGCGACGUCCUGCAGCGCGACCUGAGGCGGGUGCAGGAGCAGCGCGACGCCGUCUUCGAGCAGCAGGCGCAGGUGCUGCAGCUGCGCUCCGCCCUCGCCCGCCUCCAGGACGCCGACGCCCCCCUGCACACCCAGGUGGAUCUCGGCUGCAAUUUCUUCGUCAGCGCCGAAGUCCCGGACCCCCGGCGCGUUUUCGUGGCUCUGGGUUUCGGGUUCUUCGCGGAGCUGACGCUGCCCGAGGCCCUGCGGCACCUGGAGCGCCGCAGCUCGCUCCUGCAGAGGCUCAGCGAUUCCCUGACGCGCGACGGGGCCAAGAUCCGCGCCCACAUCCGCCUGGUGCUGGAGGGCCUGCGGGAGCUGCAGGGGCUGCAGGAGCCCCCCGUGACCUCUGACCCCUGAGGGAGCCGCCCACCUGUGCUGGCCACGCCCCCUCACCUGGGAGUAAACCUGGAGUAGAGCGGGGCUGGGGCACCUGGAGUAACCUGGGAGUAACCCGGGAGUAAAGAGGAGUUUGUACACUUGGAUGUAACCUGGGAGUAAAAUGGAGUUUUUAUACCUUGGUGUGACCUGUGUGUAAAUAUGGAGUAACUUGGGAGUAAACUUGGAGUAAAGUAGAGCUUUUACACCUGGCUGUAACCUGGAGGUAAAUACGGAGUAAAGACGAGUUUUUACACCUUGGAGUAAAAUGGAGUUUUUAUACCUUGGAGUAAACUGUGUGUAAAUGUGGAGUUUUUACACUUGGGAGUAACCUGGGAGUAAAUACAGAGUAAAGAGGAGCUUUUACACCUUUGAGUAAAAUGGAGUUUUUAUGCCUUGGAGUAACCUGUGUGUAAAGUUGGAGUAAAAUGGAAUUUUUAUGCCUGGGAGUAAUCUGGGUGUAAAUACGGAGUAAAAUGGAGUUUUUACACCUUGGACUAAACCUGGAGUAAAGCGGAGCUUGUAUAUCUGGGAGUAAACUAUGUGUAAAUAUGGAGUAAAGCGGAGUUUUUACACCUGGGAGUAACCUGUGUGUAGACCUGGAGUAAAGCAGAGUUUUUACAUCUUGGAGUAAGCUGUGUGUAAACCUGGAGUAAAGCAGAUUUUUUACA